CUCCGCGCCUGCGCAGUGCCAUCCUCGCCUUGGGCCGCCUCGCCCACCGCUGUGCUCGGCGGGCGCGGGGCUGUUGGGCGGCCGCCAUGAGGCGAGCGGAGCGCCGGGCCCCCGCCGGGCCGCUGGGUAAAGCCGCCCUGGAGGAGCAGCACCAGCAGCCCAACGGCGGCUCUCCUCCGCCCGGCCACGAGAAGGACGGCCCCGCUCUCGCCCUCCGCCGCAGCACUGAGUCUGAGGUGUACGAUGACGGCACCAACACGUUCUUCUGGAGAGCUCAUACCCUGACAGUUCUGUUCAUCCUCACCUGUGCGCUGGGAUACGUAACCUUACUUGAAGAAACACCUCAAGAUACAGCCUACAAUACAAAGAGAGGUAUUGUUGCCAGUAUUUUGGUUUUCCUGUGUUUUGGAGUUACGCAGGCUAAAGAUGGACCAUUUUCAAGACCUCAUCCAGCUUACUGGAGGUUUUGGCUGUGUGUCAGCGUUGUGUAUGAGCUCUUCCUCAUCUUCAUACUCUUCCAGACCGUACAAGAUGGCAGACAGUUCAUGAAGUACAUUGAUCCUCAUUUAGGUGUUCCUUUGCCAGAAAGAGACUAUGGUGGCAACUGCCUUAUUUAUGAUCCUGGCAACGAAAGUGAUCCAUUUCACAAUAUCUGGGACAAACUGGAUGGAUUUGUUCCUGCUCACUUUUUUGGCUGGUACCUGAAGACCCUGAUGAUUCGGGACUGGUGGAUGUGUAUGAUCAUCAGUGUAAUGUUUGAGUUUCUGGAGUACAGUCUGGAACACCAGCUUCCAAACUUCAGUGAAUGUUGGUGGGAUCACUGGAUAAUGGAUGUGAUCUUAUGUAAUGGAUUAGGAAUUUACUGUGGGAUGAAGACCCUUUCUUGGCUUUCUUUGAAAACAUACAAAUGGCAAGGACUUUGGAACAUUCCUACAUACAAAGGUAAAAUGAAGAGGAUUGUCUUCCAGUUCACCCCCUAUAGCUGGGUCAAAUUUGAGUGGAAGCCAGCAUCCAGCUUACGGAGAUGGCUAGCAGUUUGUGGCAUUAUCUUUGUAUUUUUAUUGGCAGAGCUGAACACAUUUUACUUGAAGUUUGUCCUUUGGAUGCCACCAGAACACUACUUGGUCCUGUUACGGCUUGUCUUUUUUGUCAAUGUGGGAGGUGUGGCUAUGAGGGAGAUCUACGACUUCAUGGAUGACCCGAAAUUCCAUAAGAAAUUGGGUCAGCAGGCUUGGCUGGUUGCUGCUAUUACUGCCACGGAGUUUCUGAUUGUUGUGAAGUACGAUCCUUAUACGCUUACACUGUCCCUUCCUUUCUACAUUACCCAGUGCUGGAUCUUAGGGAUUAUACUCGUGCUCACCUGGACAGCCUGGCGCUUUUUUAUUCGGGAUAUCACGUUGCGAUAUAAGGAGAUAAGGCGACAGAAGCAAGAGCACAAGUAUGAAAAGGACAAAUGCUUGAGCAAUGGUGACGGACAUUCUUCAAUACUGGAUGAACAGAAUGGGAGCAAACUAAGGGAAAGGAAACUUUGAGCAAUGGUCAAAGGGCUAUAAAGAACUCGUAGUGCUCAAGUUGGCCUGGUGGACAGUUUCAACCAUAUCCUACCUAACUUGUAAUUUUCACUGUUAGUUUUCCAAGGUGUGAAAAUCGUUUUGAGAAGAUGUCACUUUGACAUGCACACCCUUUCUAGUCGUGUACACCUAGUCAGAGUCAGAGAAAGUCUGUGUAGAGGGAAGUCAGAACCGACAUCGUUGCGACAAGGUGGGAUCUUUGUUCAAGUGCAUUGCACGCCUUCCAAGGUUUGGAGACAAGGGGCUUUUAAGUGAAAGGGAAUCUGGCCCAUCUAUUUUCAGUUAACUGUGGGAUGUCAAUUUUGACAUCUGGGUAUUGGGAGUGCAUGGCACAGGAAAUGAAUUUUGUGUCUUCCGCUGAAACUGCCUGGAGGUGUGGAGUCAGAUUAUAUAACGUGUUCAGCCACCAAUUAACUGAACUGCAGCGAGAUAAACAGAUCAACUGAAGCUUGUGAACAAGUUGCGUUACUUGCACAGAAUGUAAUGCAGUACACUACUGUUACAGCACCUCUAAUGUGGGGGUUAUUGCCUUUCUCUAAACUGACUUUCAAUGUCCUGGAAUAGCUUACAAUAAUUUUAUGUUUUAUCACAGCUCUAGGGAGACAGAAGGCUUCUCCUUAGCCUUUUCUGGGGUUUUUUUUAUUAAUCCUGGUCAUCUCUUAAAGGUAAGGGAAGUUUGAAUAAGAAAGGUCAGCCUGCCUUUCAUUUGCUUCAUGGAGUAAAAUCUUCUUAUUAACAGAAAAAAAUGGGAGUUACUCCAUCAGUCUUAAGUUAUUUGCCUUAUUCUCAGCUCUUUUACUUUUGCUUGCCAAGAGGAUUUCAGUCUUGGUGUCUGCCUGUACAAAGCACGUCCUGUUCUGCCACCCUUCAGGGCUGCCCCGUUCCUCCGAUGGUAACUCCAGGCUGAGCAAUCUUCUGAGUCCAGCUGGAAAAGGCGUUCUCUGCACUACACACUGCACUGCCAUCCCUGCCAAAGGAGCAAACUAAAGGGAAGCAGCACGUAGCAGUGGAGGUCUGCAGGCCAAGCUAGACAGCGUUUUUGCUUGUGACUCAGCAUCUAGGAAAAGAAACUGGAAGCCUGGGCUUCAUUUGUGGGAUUUUUUUUUUCAUUUUUUUUUUUUCAGGGUCAUUAUUCCAAAAUGUAAGUGCUGCAACUAAGCAUCAAUUUUGCUCUAAGCCUCUGCGUUGGCCCCUAAGGCACUGAUGAAACUCCUUAAGUACAGUGAUCUAAUCUGGCUGUCGAAAGCGUUUAUCCUGAAGAAAAUGAUACAAUACCAGCGUAGCUUUAAAAAGCAUAUCCCCUCAAAUUCUAGGUGGCAGGAGACUUGAGAUGCUGCUGGAUAAUAAACAUCCACAUCUCCAGUCCCUUUUGGUCUUGCACGUGGAGAGCCACCAAAAUCAAUCUGCGUUUCUCUUAGGCUUAUGGAGUGACCUGAAUAUUUUCUGACCCUGAAGGACACUUAGCAGUAGGGCGGCCUUCAAUGAAUGGAACGGUUUGGUUGCAUCUGAAGAGCUCGACAAACGAAGCAGAGAUUGGAUGGGCCCUCGGGGCUGCCUCGGUUGCUUAGCAGGCAGAUGACCAUUGUGAGAGUGAAGCAUCCAGCUUCGUUCUUGAGUACGUACAGUUCAUUGUGGGUAGUCACUCAGUGGCUGCUCUUAAAUCAUAGUAUUCUGCUGCUGUGAGGUAGUGAAGAAUAAAUGGCCUUGUAACUAGGUGCUGACAAAUGUAUAAAUGGGCAGACAGCGCUGAGUUGAAGCAAGUAUUUAUUUGUUACACCGUUUCAGUCCAAGUUGUUCUCAUUUCUGGCUUUCCACCAUCCUUAUGAACUGUUGAGUGGUUGGUAGCUCCUACCGGUGUGUUGUGCUUGUGUAGUCCCAGGCUCAGGUCAGUCUGUUUCCAUCCCUUCCGUGUUGAUUAACACUGUGGUCCCCCCGUCUCUUCGCAGUAUGAUCAUCUGAGUCUGUUAUGUGAGUUGGGUGGUAACAGGCACAUCGAGGUGGAUGUGUCACUGUACCUUCCUCCUCCUCCUCCACCCUGCCAAAGACACACUGAGGUACUUGAGAAACAACCUCUGAAGUAUCCCUGGUUCCCAAUAACAGUUCUGGAGCUUCGACUUAUUACAUAAAAGCACUGACUUUUGUGUUUGUCUCCUUCUGUUUGAUCAGCUUUUAUGGUUAGUCUGGAUAACUUGAACCACUGUAAUAAAGCAAUGUUUGCUGGUGUGUUUUGGUA